GGCGAGUGCACAAUUGGGGCAGGAAUUGAAUGAUGAUAAUAAUAAUUGGCUUUCAUAUAGCUCGAUAUCAAUUCACGACUGCUCAAAGCGCUUCACAAUAAAUAUUAUUACCCUGUCACUGAAUUCUUAGCGUUUUCAACAGCGUGUAAGGCAAAUUAGCACAUAAGAGUGGCAAAGUGUGGAUUGUGGAUUGACGCAUUGCCACUUGACGCUUGGCCAUGGUGGAAUUCGAACACACGACCUUCUGAUUACAAGGCGAGAGUCAACCGCUUCACCACGACGCUUCUAUACAUUGUAUAAGUGUACUUUGUAGACGUCUUAAGAGCCAAAUAGGACUUCAUCAGUCGACGAAACUUGCUUACCAUCCGAGCAAUCAUGCCACUCGCAAUAAUCACCACCACGAUUCCAUCCGAGUCUCUUCCGACCAAAUUUUGUGAAGAUCUGUCGAAACUGCUGUCGGUUGAACUCAGCAUGCCAGAAGAGGUCGUCACGGUCCACGUUAACGCAGGUCAGCUGAUGACCCGCAAUGGAACCCACGACCCCAACGCCUACAUUGAACUGUACCACUCCAAAGGAUACGGGACAAUCGACGAGAAACGGAAGGUCUCCAGGACUGUACUAGCCUAUGCCAAGCAACGUCUCAACAUUGAUACUUCCAGGAUCUUCAUACUCUUCAAGCAACCGGCUGGUGACGAUAUCGGUCUUGAUGACGGGCUGUGGUCAGAUUCUUCCCACUGAAGAAAAGGAGUUGUGAUAAUCAAACUUCGAUUUAUGCCAAUUCAUUCUUAAAUUUACAUUUUAAAUCCACGUUUUGUUAUUGUGUUUAUAAUACUUACGAUUUAAACGAGUCAGCAAUUAGCUGAUGGUCAUAAUACCGUGUAUCAGCAAUAUUUUGGAAAAUUAAAUUUUUGAUAUUUUACCAAGCAUAACAUGAAAAUCUUACCAGUUUUUUUUCCAAUCAUUUUUUACAAACUUGAUUUUCUUUUGUAAGAGUAGCCCUUUUUUAUUUUGCAGAUAUGCGUUUUAAGAUUACUUUUGUCAUUUAAUUAUUGUUUAAUUUUUAAUGAUAUCAAUUAAACCACCCGUAUUCCGUGAUAUUUUGAACUUGCAUUCUUUUGUCUUCAUUUGGACAGACACAAGAGAAGAACAUCCAUCGUAUGCUACAAAGAUAUCCAAAUGACAAACUAAAAAAAAAAUGUGUGCAUGAUUUUCAUUCUUUUUCUUGGUAAAAAAAAAUAGAACAAGCAAGGAUUGAGGCGAAACUCAAAUACCUAUCUUAGCUAUAGAGACGUCUCUGGUGUGAAAUGUCUUGAAGACCUUUUUUUUGGCGG